CGCGGGAGGGAGUGGACGCGGAGUCGAAAGGCCCGAAGAGGGCGGACGGAGCGGCGGCCUUAGGGCCGCGGGGGCACCCCGAGCCCUGCGCUGGCAGAUAGCGUGGGUGGGGCUCUUAUCUGCCCCCCCCCCGCCCCGCCGAGCGCCGGCCGGGGGGCCCCGAGACCUGCUCUCCCCCUGGUUCCCUCCGUCCUCUCGCGGGCUUCCCAAUGGGCCGGACCGUGGUCGUGCUGGGCGGUGGCAUCAGCGGCUUGGCCGCCAGUUACCACCUGAGCCGGGCCCCCUGUCCCCCCAAGGUGGUCCUGGUGGAGGGCAGUGAGCGUCUGGGAGGCUGGAUCCGCUCGGUCCGAGGGCCAGGUGAUGCUAUCUUUGAACUUGGACCUCGAGGAAUUCGGCCGGCGGGAGCCCUGGGAGCCCGGACCCUGCUCCUGGUUUCUGAGCUUGGCUUGGACUCAGAAGUGUUGCCUGUCCGGGGAGACCACCCAGCUGCCCAGAACAGGUUCCUGUAUGUGGGUGGUGCCCUGCACGCGCUGCCGUCUGGCCUCAGGGGGUUAUUCCGCCCUUCACCUCCCUUCUCCAAACCUCUGUUUUGGGCUGGACUGAAGGAGUUGACCACGCCCAGGGGCAAAGACCCUGAUGAGACUGUGCACAGUUUUGCCCAGCGCCGCCUUGGACCUGAGGUGGCAUCUCUAGCCAUGGACAGUCUCUGCCGAGGAGUGUUUGCAGGCAACAGCCGGGAGCUCAGCAUCAGGUCCUGCUUUCCCAGUCUCUUCCAAGCUGAGCAAACCCAUCGUUCUGUUUUACUGGGGCUGCUGCUGGGGGCAGGCCGGGGCCCACAGGUGGACUCAGCACUCAUUCGCCGGGCCCGAGCUGAGCGCUGGAGCCAGUGGUCACUGCGUGGAGGGCUGGAGACGUUGCCCCAGGCCCUUAACACCCACCUGACUAGUAGGGGGGUUCGUGUUCUCAGAGGGCAGCCUGUCUGUGGGCUCAGCCUCCAGGCAGAAGGGCACUGGAAGGUGUCUCUGGGGGACAGCAGUCUGGAGGCAGACCACGUGGUUAGCGCUGUUCCAGCUUCAGUGCUCAGCAGGCUGCUCCCUGCCCAGGCCGCACCUCUGGCCCAUGCCCUGAGCACCAUCCCUGCUGUGUCCGUGGCUGUGGUGAACCUCCAGUACCGAGGAGCUCGUCUGCCUGUGCAGGGAUUUGGCCAUUUGGUGCCAUCUUCAGAAGACCCGGGCGUCCUGGGAAUCGUGUAUGACUCCGUUGCUUUUCCUGAGCAGGACGGGAGCCCCCCUGGCCUCCGUGUGACGGUGAUGCUGGGAGGAUCCUGGUUACAGACGCUGGAAGCCAGGGGCUCUGUCUUAUCUCAGGAGCUGUUCCGACAGCAGGCACAGCACGCGGCUGCCACCCAGUUAGGGCUGAAGGAGCCACCAAGUCACUGCUUGGUCCACUUACACAAGAACUGCAUCCCCCAGUAUACGCUAGGCCACUGGCAAAAACUGGAGGCAGCGACCCAGUUCCUGGCUUCUCGGAGGCUGCCCUUGACUCUGGCUGGAGCCUCCUAUGAGGGGGUUGCUGUCAAUGACUGUAUAGAGAGUGGACGCCAGGCAGCAGCCCGGGUCCUGGGCUCGGAGCCUAACGGCUGAUCCCCAACUCCCACCUCCUCGCCCUGCUUUACCCACGAAAAUACAAGUUGCUGGAGCUUGGC